AUGGUUGUCUUUAGAAAGCUUUUCCUAGCGGAGAAAUAUCCGCUGCAGGCUCACAACCAAGGGGCUGCAACGUGUGACGUUGGUCUUAGUACAACGGACAGUCACUCCGAGCUGCACGACACACAGACUCGCCCUCUAUCAUCUCACACCAAGAGUGUCAAGCCAUCAGAUUCGCAAUUAGAAGUGGAUCGCCACUUCGAGAGAAUCGAAAAGCAGCUCCAAGAAUUGCAAGGCAAUCUGCAAAAAGGUCCUUUGUCUCCAAAACGCCCUACGUCUCCCAAAUCCCAAGUACCCUCUCGUGCUCCGAGCCAACGCACAACACAAAGCCCUCGACAUGUCGACCUGUUAGAGGCCGUUUUCGCUUCCUCGCAGCGGCAGCAAGCGCAGACACCGAACCAAACAUCACCACUGUCCCCCUAUAACGAAGAUGUCGCGGAACGGAACAUGACGCGGUUUUUGCAACAACGAAAACCUCGCAAGCGAAGCAUCUACUCCCGCUUUGUCUCGGCUUUGUCUCAGGAUGAUGUGGCAGACAAGAAUGCCGGAAAACAUAAAGAUGAUUUCCGUCCUCGAUCUCGAGCCACAAGCAUACGAUUUCGGAAUGUUUCGAGUGGUUCUGGAAGAACCACCAAGGGCCACAAGCGUGCCAGCAGUGGUCGUUCGGACAUUGGACCGAAGGAGAACAAGACGGCAAGCCCGGCCGCACAGGAAGCUUCUCAGCCUGUUACAUCUGCCAGGGAAACCCAGGCACGUGACAGGCCCCGUCUGCGGACGCAGAGGUCAGCACCGAAUUUGUCAACUGAUCAGCCCGGCUCGCCGCCGAAGGGACCUGCUCCUAGUCCUGCUGGAAGUCUGAUUGUUCCGCCAGCCUACAAACAGGGUGAUAGCUGGAGCAACACCCCCAUUCCGGACAGCCCAACACUGCCGACUCCAGGAAGAAGCGUGAAGGAACCAAGUCCGGACCGGGGAACGCCAUCCACAGCAGAUCGGCGUCCAUCAACGACAUCCCGCAACUAUUCCCUGCCAGCCCGCCCUACUCCUUCGCGAAAGAACACCCUGAAGCUCUCGAUUGACACCGAACUGGCAACUCGCGGGAGACAGGGUAAAGUGUCUCAUCGGGCCAUCCAACCACCGACCCCCAGCAGCAACGACAUGAAAUGCAACCCUAGCAUUGCUGAGAUCAUGAACAGCCCUCUGCCGUCGGCUACACCUACCUCUAUGUCCCCUCUUCCCUCUGCGAACCCAAAGGUCGCAGAGAUCAUGGAUAUGUUUAGACAAGCAUACACCUCCACCAAAGCCAUCAGUCCCCACCCUACCUUCGAGACAUUGCAGGAUGCAAUUGUUCGUGAGAUCAACUCCCACGAAGCCUUCCAACGCGUGCCUGUUCCCGAGCAGGGACCAGCUUUUACACCCUCUCCAAACCAGCAAUCGUUUGACAGUGUGACUAAGCCUCCCAAGACUGCUGCUCCCGGAAAGGAUGGCCAAUUCUCCAAAUUGAUCAAACCGACUUCCUUUAUGAAGCACCGCAGAAACUCUGACGCGCGCAGAAGCAUUUCCACGAGUGUUCCUUCGAAGGUUCUGGGCCGGGUUUCUACAUCUGGUAGCCGACGCAGACACACCGAUGCUCCGCCACCAUCUCCUUCUCUCCUCGACACACCACCACUACCCCAAGGAACCCGCAAUGAGAUGCCUCCUGUCUACACAGACAUCCCUCUCCGCUCCCAAACCGCCUCCCCUGGCGCUUCUAACAAGAAGCGUUCAGUCUCCAUCUCCAAGAGCCUAGCUCCCUCCCAAUCGGUGAACACACUCUCCUCGCACGGAUCAUCGUCCAACACAGCGCCUUCGGUCUACUGUCUCCGCGCACAGACAUCCGCAUCAUCGGGCGAUGGCUGCAACAGUUACUUCUCCGACGAUGGCGAUGACGAUGUUCUUCAUCUUCCUAGCCCCGGUUUUGAGCCUCGUCAACAGAACUAUGACGCGGCCUCGGGCAAUGCGUACAGACCUAUGAACUGGCAAACGUCAUCUACUCGGAAUGUCAUCUCUCCCUGCUCGUCCAACAGUGGAUACUGGGCUCGCGAGAUGCGUUCGGUGGAGACUUGUUGA